GCCUUUACUAAAGCGCUUCCUAGGUGUCGUGUUUUAUUUUAAUUCUCGGAAGGAAAGGAUGUGAUCUGCUAAUUCGCAUUUCAUUCUCUUGUGUGGCUGGUACCUCUUGAUACCAUAAUUCGCUGAACUGAAUCGAAAGAGUCAAGCUCAUAAAGCAUUGGAAAACGUUUAGCAGGGCUUACUGGACUUAUCACCAUCAACUUUCAGGCACAAACAUUUUCUAAUCAUGUUUGAUUAUGUUACCGACGGAACGAUGAUGGUAUAACAUAACGUUGGGAUUAGCAGCGACUCUUAUUGAUUGGGAUUUAAACUCUACUUCAAACCAAACCAAAGAAUUCCAGUGCAUUGCAGGGCUUCUCAAUAGAAUGUCUAAUGGUCCAACAUGGAGGACAUGCUCUAUGCCAACAAGUAGACACAAUGAGUGUAGUGUUCCUGGUAACAGAAUAAGAUCAAGGACUGAUACAAACAUCACUGCACCCAAGCACCCUGAGCCAUACAUGUCUAUCCCUGCCCAGAGUCUUGUCCAAGAUGAAUGUCAUAUUCACUGUGGGACUGUUAGAAAGGAGAAUAAAUACAACAUGUGGCAAGACCGCUACCUUGUUUUGCACAAGGGCUGCAUGUAUUACUACAAGAACUAUUUAGAUAAGAGUGCAAAGGGGCAAUUUUCACUAAGUGGAUAUAGAGUGUCUACAGCUCCUGAACGGGACGCCAAGUUACCCUGGGUUUUUAAGCUCACCCACCUUCAACCAGAAAAAAGGACCUUCUACUUUGCUGCUAAAUCAGAAAAAGAGCUGAAUGAAUGGAUGUCUAAGAUUAAAGAGGACAUUGAUGAGUAUUGUGAGCCACUUGCCACAAGAAGUGGUUUUAACCCAGAGUGUGAAGCAACCAGACAGAGCAGCAGUGGUAGUAGUGAUGACGGAGACAGCUUCAAAUAUGACUAUCCAUUGUUUGCUCCAGAGUUUCCUUUAGCCAAAGCUCUGACCCUUGAAAAACUCUCAGAAUCACAGAACAGUUCUUCAGCCUCAUCUGAACCCAAAUACUGCCCUCCUCCCAGCUUUGAUACACUACCAAAUGGUAGUCCCCCUCCUCCACCUGCAAGGAAUCAAUCUGGAAAGGAAAGAGCACAACCGAUUGGGAGUGUUCCAACACCUGUGAUGAUGGGGAAAAGUGGAAAAUCAUCUGUUGAUAUUUCUGCAGUGAUACUGGGCAAAGCAGCCCUAAAGCCUGUCCAGGAUAACAGUCUUCCGCCUUUGCCCAAGCCUAGAUCUAAGUUACGCCAAAGCCCUAGAGUGCAUGCCGGGUCACACCCUUCUUCACCUUCACCACCUACUAAGCCCCCUAAACCAAGUGUCCACAAAUAUGCAUCAGAUCCAGAACUUGCUUGUCUGCCGCAGCAGACUAGCUUACCGCCUGCUAAUCCUGCACUUGUGGAUUCUUCCGAUAGUGAGGAAGAUGAUUACCUGAAAAUACUCCCUGAUGAAGAAUCAACUCCUAACCAUGGGAAUAAUAAUGACGAAUUUAUUCCACGUCUCUCUACUCUUGAAAGAUUAAGACCUGAAGGUAAAAGUUUCCGCACCCCGCCAGAUGAAAAAGAGCAGAUUCAUAUAGAUGUUCUGCCUGCAACUUCUGUAAAACUCGACAUCGAAAAAACCAAGGCUAUAGCGAUGCUGGAAGGGCGUAAUGGUAUGUACAUUCUUCAUCAGAGUCGAAGUGGAGACAUCGGUCAGUGCCUUUCUGUGUGUAUCGAGGAUCGCGUGAGGCACUUUCUUGUCUUCUACAGCAAGGUGGAAGGAGGAUAUGCCCUCGAUCGCGAUGCUCAGCGGUUUCCCACCCUAGAGGAAGUGAUCAGGCAUCACUACACGACACCAUUACCCAAACAACAGUCAGCCACGCUAGAGCAACCAUACCGCUGGCCACAUUGAUUCAUUCCGACUUGCAGAACAGUUAAAAAAACAACCUCGUUCCCAGCUAGACGCCAUAUUGAAAAUUACCCAGAAGACACCGGGGACGAGGUUGGUUUAUUUUAACGUCAGGUUUAAAGUAUUAAUAUAAUUUGUUCGGAAGUAAGGCUUUCGAUCUAUUGAAAAAAAAAAAACAUUCGUUAGUUAGAGAGCCUCAAAAUUCUAAAAUAUAUAUAUAUACAAAUGGAUUCGCCAUAGAGUUGAGCCGAGGACAGAGGUAUUUUCUGAUAUUUUUUGUAAGGUGCUCGAUGAUUUAUAUGUUCUCGAAUGGUACUCGAUAAUGUUUGUGACUUUAGGGACAGACUCCAAAAUAUUUGAGAAAGAUGAUAAUAUCGGAGAAAAUGACAUCGCAAUGAAUUCAGUACAAACGCAAUAACGAGAAAAAAUAUCGUGCUCUCUUUAAUUAGGUAUCCACUUAUCGGAGAACUUACCGCCUUUCUCCAGUCAAGACUUGUUAGCUUUCAUUAAGCCCAUUUUCACAACAGAUAUCUAUAUAUCAGGUUCGCAGGGUGCGCGGGAACACCCCCACUUGGCGACCAAAUACUAUGCAUUUUUCCAAAUGAUACCUAUGACUGCGCACCCCCCCCCCCCCCCCCCCCCCUGCUCGGCCAAUCCUGGGUACGUGCCUGCUGCCUAUUAUGGUGGUUCGGCUAUUUAGUUUUAGCUUGCCGUAUUUCCGGUUCUUUAGAUAAAUGCUCAAUAGUGGACAACUGUGACGUGUUUAGAGUAAAUAUUUGAGUAAUAGGGAUAGUAUGAUCUCGGUACAAGGCGACGCGCAGGCGCAAACGACACUUGUUUCACGAAAUGUAACAACCAACAAGAAAAUGUUGAACAGUUUUAAAAUCGCAAAAUCGAUUGUAUUAUCCUACAAAUGUAUUCAAUGCAUUUUUAGUUUUAUCAAGAGACCAUGAUCUCUUGGUUUUAUAUAUUUUUACGAUUAAAAGCUAUAUUUUUGUGUAGUUACUCAAGUUUGCAGCAGGUUUUAUUUUUUUAAAGAAUGUUGUAAAAUAAGUAUUAACCUGUCAAGAAAUAAAAAUGAUUGCAUCACUAA